CCGAACAUUGUUUUGCAAAUUGCCAUUGCAGUGAAAUUCAGUUCAUUCAUAAUGCCUGGUACAUGUCAACGCUUACGUUUACCCUCACUGACAUCCGUGCUGAAGUCAACGCGUGCCAACAGCGCCGACUAUCCCUCCUCGUCGUCGGCAUCGGGCAAUAAGCGUUGCAACACAACUACACACUCAUCCGAUUUGAUACGCAAACAACAGCAUCGCAUUGUCGUGAUGGGGGCAGCGAAGGUCGGCAAAACUUGCAUCAUCUCGCAAUUCCUCUAUGACAAAUUCAAUCCCCGCUACAAACAAACGGUCGAAGAAUUGCAUCGUGGCGAAUACGAUUUGCCCGAUGGCUCGGCACUGACACUGGACAUUCUAGAUACAUCGGGUUCAUAUGAAUUUCCUGCUAUGCGAACCUUGUCCAUAAGUUCAGGAGCGGCAUUUAUUCUCGUCUACGAUGUGAAUGACAUUGAGUCGUGGUAUGAGGUGGAAAGGUUGCGCAAUUUAAUUAUCACACAGAAAGGCACCAAACCACCCAUUGUUGUGGUCGGUAAUAAAAUCGACAUGGACGAGAGUGAACGACAAGUCGAAUAUGAAGUCACCGAAAUGGUGGUGUGCGAAGAUUGGCACUGCGGCUAUAUCGAAUGUUCGGCCAAGGAAAAUACUGGAAUUGUACAAAUAUUUAAGGAGCUCUUGGUACAGGCCAACAUUCGCUAUAAUCUAAGUCCGGCGGUGCGAAGAAGACGUCAAUCGUUGCCAUCGUUUACAUCGGCCAAAGGCAGCAAAAGUCCAUCACAUCGUGGCGCCUUUAAGCGGCAUUCAUGCACCAUGACCUAAGG